GUCACCUCUGGAAACUCUUCCCGCCCCCGGGAGCUGGUCCUGCCACGCGGCCCCAAGAUGUCCUGCUACCUCCACCAGCACCUCCCUCCGCUCCACCAGGACCCCGUGGCGCUGUCCCCUGGCGUCCCCUUCCCGGCUCAACGGUGGCACUCCACCACCUGCAUCCCCCAGGCCGUGCCCGGCCAGGUGCCCCUGCAGCGGGCGAUGUCCUCCAGCGUGUGCCACCAGCAAAGCAUCACCCAGGCCGUGCCCCGCCAGCUCCUCGGACCCCCCUGCGUGCCCCAGCAGCAGCAGAUUGUCCCCAGGCGGGUGACAACGUGCGUGCCACCGCAGCAGCGCGUGACCGGCGGCGCGGGCGUCACCCAGUGCGUGCCGCACCAGGUGGGGGUGACCCAGUGCGUGCCGCAGCAGCUGCGGGUGCCACAGCCCGUCCCCCAGCAGCAGAAGAUCGUCCCCAGGUGUGUCACCACCUGCGUGCCACAGCAGCGCGUGACGGGCGGCGCGGGUGUCACCGGGGUCACCCGGUGCGUGCCGCAGCAGCUGCAGGUGCCACCGCCUGAGCGCAUCCCUCCCCAGCAGCAGCAGAUUGUCCCCAGGUGUGUCACCACCUGCGUGCCGCGGCCGCCCUACGUCACCAAGGGUGUCCCUCAGCAGCAGAGCGCCACCAGGUGCGUCCCCCAGCAGUGUGUGACCACGGUGUGUCCCCAGCAGGGCGCCCCCAGGUGUGUCACCACCUGUGUCCCCCAGCAGCGCGCGGCACAGAGCGUCUCGUACCAGUGGGUGACGGCGCCUGUCCCCCAGCAGCAGCAGCAGAGUGUCACCGCUGCUGUCCCCCAGCAGUGGCACGGCAGGUGUGCCACCAAGUGUGUCCCUCAGCAGUGUGACACCGGCGGGGCCAGCCUUUGUGUCCCUCAGCAGCAGCAGACCGGGACGGUUUGUGUCCCUCAGCAAGGUGUCACCAAGGGUGUCCCUCAGCAAUGUGCCACCAAGUGUGUCCCCCAGCAGCGUGUGACCAAGAGCGUCAUUCAUCAAAGUGCCACCAAAUGUGUCCCCCAGCAAAGUGCCACCAAGUGUGUCCCUCAGCAGUGUGACACCGGCGGGGCCAGCCUUUGUGUCCCUCAGCAGCAGCAGAGCGGGACGGUUUGUGUCCCUCAGCAAAGUGUCACCAAAUGUGUCCCCCAGCAGCGUGUGACCAAGAGUGUCAUUCAUCAAAGUGCCACCAAGUGCCUCCCCCAGCAAAGUGUCACCAAAUGUGUCCCUCAGCAAUAUGGGUCAAUCUGUGUCCCCCAGCAGUGUGUGACCAAGAGUGUCACUCAUCAGAGUGCCACCAAAUGCGUCCCCCAGCAGUGUUGCACUAAGUGUGUCCCUCAGCAGUGUGUGACCAAGAGUGUCCCCCAGCAAUAUGAGACAAUUUGUGUCCCCCAGCAAUGUGUGACUAAAUGUGUCCCCCAGCAAAGUGCCACCAAGUGUGUCCCUCAGCAGUAUGGGACAAUUUGUGUCCCCCAGCAAAGUGUCACCAAGAGUGUCCCUAAGCAAUAUGGGACAAUUUGUGUCCCCCAGCAAUGUGUGACUAAAUGUGUCCCCCAGCAAGGUAUGGCCAAGUGUGUCCCUCAGCAAAGUGCCACCACGUGUGUCCCCCAGCAAUAUGGGACAAUCUGUGUCCCUCACCAGAGCGUAACCAAGAGCGUCACUCAGCAAAGUGCCACCAAAUGUGUCCCCCAGCAGAGCGUGACCAAAUGUGUCCCCCAGCAAGGUAUGGCCAAAUGUGUCCCCCAGCAAAGUGCCACCAAGUGUGUCCCCCAGCAAAGUGCCACCAAAUGUGUCCCCCAGCAGAGCGUGACCAAAUGUGUCCCCCAGCAAAGUGCCACCCAGUGUGUCCCCCAGCAGCCCGGCGGGGUGAAGAUCUCCAGCCACUCCAAGAAAUACUGCUCGGCCCCCAAGUGGCCCUGGUGACAGGGAAUGUGACGAGGACAAUCCCUGGGAAAUCGGGGUUUGGGUUCUUUCUCUCCUCCCGCUCCCACCCGCGUGAUCCUCGUUUUCCGGGUGUUUCCCUCCCUUCCCGUGGUGACAUUCCAGGUGCCUCUGGAUCCUUCCUUGGCCCGCUGCGAGGUGUUGGUGGGAUGGGAUCGAAUUCCUGAAGAAU